AUGCAGCAACCAGCAUCUUUCCGUCCCCUACCCUUCAACCAGAGCCUGUUAGGUCAGGGGAGCCUUGGUCAAAGUGCAAAUAGCUCGAUGGAUGUCAUUUCAUCGUGCGCAUGCGUGUUAUUGCUCGUGGCGGCCAUUGUCUUCUAUUCUAAAACAGCACGACGACGGCUAACCCACACUAUUCCUUUGAUCACCAGCCUCCCAUCGGAGAAAAGCAACGAAGACCCAGAGCACCGCCCCGUGUCCCUUCUGGAUCUCCUGCGACAUGGAUACGAAAAGUUCAAGCACGAAGUGUUUCUGCUACGGCCCCCUCAUGGCGACCAGCUGGUCAUUCCGGCGAAAUAUCUUGAUGAGUUGAAAUCACUUCCCGAGAGCAAGAUUAGCCUAGUUGAAUCCCUCAGUGGGCAAUUCCUCGGGGACUUAACAUAUAUCGGCAAGCAUGACUCGACUAUGCUCGCCAGCAUUCGAGAAGAUUUGGCGAGAAAUAUGGACACGACCAUCACGCAUCUCGAAGAGGAAACAAGGUACGCUUUUGAGACCUUGUUCGAAGACUCGAAGCGAUGGCAGUCAGCAAAAGUGCAGCCAACGAUGCUCCGCGUUGUUGCACUGCUUUCUGGUCGUGUUUUUGUCGGUUCGGACCUGAGUCGUGAGAAAGAGUUUCUAGACUGUAUUGUCCAGUUCACCAUCGACUCGUUCGUCACAGCGGAGAAGUUACACCGGUAUCCAGCAUCUCUGCGACCUCUCAUCCGCCGCUUGAUACCCGAACACAAUGCCGUUCAGAAGGAAUUGGCGGACAUGGCUCGGCUCCUUCGUCCGUUAGUUGAGGCGCGCAUCCAUGGUCGGACCGGAAACGCGAGAGACAACUACAUGAUCGAUUGGAAUAUGAACUCGCCAGCGUCGCUCCGUACAGAUGUUGCUUAUCAAGCCAUGCAACAGCUGCAAGUGAGCUUUGCCGCCAUCCAUACCACUACCAAGCUGUUGACAAACAUCAUCUUUGAGCUGGCAUCUCGGCCGGAGUAUAUUCAGCCCCUGAGGACGGAGAUUGAGACUUGCUGGAGCAGCGCGAACGGUAGUGCUGGGUGGUCGAAAAGCACAUUGUCUCGUUUACGCAAGCUCGACAGUUUCAUGACUGAGACUCAGCGCCACAACCCUCCCGGUAUCAUGACCUUCAACCGCCGCAUGACAUCGGACAUGACAUUGUCAAACGGCACGUAUCUCCCGCGGGGAACCUAUCUAGCCGCGGCGUCAAGCCAGAUUGCUAUGGACGGCGAAUUCUGGGACAAUCCAGAGCGUUUUGAUGGGUUUCGCUUUGACCGCAUGAGGCAGGAGGCAGGCGCGGAAAGCAAAUAUCAGGACCACGGAUGCUACUGUUCGGCUACGGAACCCAUGCGUCGUUUCUUUGUCAGUAAUGAGGUCAAAAUCAUCGUCUCGUAUCUGAUCAUGAAUUUUGAUAUGGCUCUUCCCAAUGGCCAAGGGCGCCCGAGGCCAAUCACGUACGACGUUGCAUUUAAACCAGAUCCCAACCAGGAGGUUCUCUUCAGGAAAAGGGCCCGAUGA